AUGCCUUCGCAGGGAUGCGAUUCCGAGUUUUGGGAGGAGCUUCUGCCGCCCGGGACAAGACCUGAGAGGGAUCCGUCUGAGCCCGAUUCUGAUUUUCGCAGCGGUAAAUCCUGCAAAUCCUGCCUUUCGAAGCGAGCACUGUCUUGUCGAGCAGCACGCGGCAUCUUCAAGCUUCUGAACUGGACCCAGCAAGCUGACGAUGCUUUCUUUCGAGAGCAUGGGGGUGCCUCCCUUGAAAGCUUCGAUCUCCUCGAGAAGGAAUUCUCGGCACAUUCGACACAGGAUACAAUUCCUAUCACUUGUUAUUCACGUAACUCCAACGGGCGUUGGAUCUCAUUACAAUCCGCGCUCUCUUCAGGCUGCAUUAGCAUUGAAAUGACCCUUUUCCCUGCUGGAAAUGAGCUUUUGAUUGCAGCAAAUCCUGACAUACUUGCACGAGCAAUGAAUCUACGGGGCCUCUACAUUGAUCCUCUGCUGCGGACGUUUCAAGAACACUACAGCAAGCUGGAAAAGUUACCCUCUGGAGCAUAUCCGCAUCAGACUGAGCUUUCAGGGGUGUUUUCACAUGAUCCUACUCAAAGCCUUGUGCUGCUGAUGAACGUUGACGCCGACCCAGAGCGAGUAUGGUCUCAACUAAUUCUACAGCUUGAGCCUCUUCGGGAAGCCGGCUUCUUAACCUAUUUCAAUGGAUCAGCAGUCGUGCCAGGUCCGAUUACAAUUGUUGCUACCGGAAAUGUGCCGUUCCAUCGCAUCUUGGAAAGAAGCACCUUCAGGGAUGUUUUCUUCGAUGCUCCACUCUUGCAACUCUUGCCCCUUUUCGACCAAGGGUCCCCCCAAUAUUCUGACUAUAACGCCCAAACCAGCUACUAUGCAUCCGCCGACUUCCGCACAGCUAUAGGGAAUGUGGAUUUCAAUGGAUUUUCGGACCAGCAACUCGCCGAUGUUCGUCACCAGGUACAAUUGGCUCAUGGACUUGGCCUGAAAGUCCGAUAUUUGGAUACGCCAGAUUGGCCUCGCAAGUUGCGGAACUAUGUGUGGCGCAUACUCGCCCGUGAAGGUGUGGAUAUAAUUACCGUUGACGAAUCAGUUACCGGCCCCCAGGGAACUUGA